CACCCACCGGUCCCUGGGCCACGGCGUCAUCAUUCCGCGUCAAAAUAUAAUUCGAAUCAGAAAAAAUUAACACUUUGCAGCUCCAGUUGAAUGUUUCUGCUAAUCUGCGGUGGGUAAAAGUGAUGUCAUGGCUGGCUCAGUCACCUCCAGUUCUAAAGAGCGCCCAGCUUCCAGAACCAGCUUCAUCCCAGAGCUGCAGAGCAUGAUGUUUGCUCUGGGAGACACCCGCAGGCCUCUGUAUGAAACUGCAGCCCUCGUAGAGGACAUCGUACACACACAGCUCAUCAACAUGCUGCAUCAGGCCUGUGAGGGCGCUUCUCUUCGAGGUUCAAGGGUCAUUUCAGCUGAGGACAUCCUGUUCCUGAUGAGGAGAGACAAGAAGAAGCUGGCGCGAGUGUUAAAAUAUCUCCAGUUUAGAGAUUACAAAUCCAAACUAUUAAAAAAUCUAGAGGAAGAAGAUGUGCAGCAGGAGCCAGGGGGUCUGGCUGCUGGGGGGAAUCAGCGCCGGCAGCGACUGGCCCAGGAUUUCCUGGCAUGGAUGGACCAAACUGGAGAAUUCCUUUCAUUGGCUGAGAAACAGGAAGUUGACCCAGUCAAACAGGAGAGGAUGGAGCGUUUGGAGCGACACACUCGAAACAUGGAUCCGGCUCAGUACGCAGAGUUCUGCGAGAGCCGCCAGCUGAGCUUCGCCAAGAAAGCUUCAAAGUUUCGGGACUGGCUGGACUGCAGCAGCCUGGAGCUGAAACCCAACAGCAUCGCCACGGAGAUCCUCUCAUACCUGGCCUAUGAGACGGUGGCACAGAUUGUAGAUUUGUCUCUGCUAGUGAAGCAGGAGAUGACGGUGAAGAACAAUCCUGUCAGCCAUGUGAUCUCAGCCAGCUACAUCCACUACAACACACACACCGAGGUGAAGAAAGAUCCAGAUUCACCUGAAGCCACGCCCCCAUCCACUCCAGGCUCCUCCCACUCAUCGAAGCCCCUCCUACAGGGAAACGGCAGCAUGGACAGCCGAGCCAGACAGAGGAAACGGAAAAAGAGCUCUCCGGCCACAGUGGAGCCCCCUAGUGGAGCCAUCCAGCCAUGUCACAUCAGAGAGGCCAUCAGACGAUACAACUACAGACACACGAGUGCGUACAGGAGGAGUGGGAUGGCUUUCCUCACCUGCUGAAGCAUCAGAGUUUAUAUCCAUUUUCUUGUCGUUUGGUUCAUUUUUAGUAAUAAAGACUUAAACAUGCA